GUUUCAGUUUCGAUUCUGAUCGUCUUCCGCAUGUAAGUACGUGGACGAAUCGACGGACUGUCAUGUUAUAAGCUGUUUCGAACGUAUCACUUUAGGUUAGGAAAGAUUCAUAAUAUAUUCUCCUGUAUGAAAUAUGGAGUUAUAGUUUUACAUUUAGAUGAACAAGAGCAGUUUUAACGUGAACUUAUCAGUACUAGAAGGAUGAUAUGGGUGCUCAAUUGCUUGAGGAACUGAAAAACGUAAGGAGAUUUUAUACACAAAAUAUGUCUCAACACUGGAGUCAUGAUAUUUCGGGCAUUCUUCGAGGCGUUCGGAUUGUAGUUAAUGCGAUGUUGAAACACCAAGAAGCGGAGUGCAAACAAUGUUGGGAAAAUUCAAGUAUAAAAGACGUAGUUGAAAAAGCCAGCAGUUCUGUAGUUGCUAGAACUCAACAGCGUCUAUCAGAGGACAAAAUUCAGAAUCAUUUAUCAAAAAACGUGCAGGAAACCUUCCAGAGAACAUCAAUGUUGUAUGAAGGCAUAAAGGCUUAUGUCACAUAUGCUGCAGAUCACAAGCUCCCCCACGAUUUACCAACAGCUGGACAGUCUGACAUUGAUAAUUAUAAACUGCAUGCUGAUAUUCUACCUGAAGCCUCUGAAACCACAAAAUCUGAACAUAAUGAUAAGUAUGUACUUAAAGAAACAGAAUCUGCAAACAGCAAGAAUAAAGAUGUUUCUCGUGAUCUGUUUGCUGGGAGAAUACAAAAACAGCAAGAUCUAUUUAUGGAAAAGGCUUAUUCAAAUGUUGUAAGCGAGCAAGGCAUUGUCAGUCCACUGCAACCAAGUAUUAAAUUUGAGGCUACUCAUGUACCAGUUGCAGCAGUUUCAAAGCAAGAUAAUUUGGGAACUUCAGUUCUAUCUGUCAGAGAUUUAGAAUCAAAGACCAGAAUGAAGCAAGUGCUGAGUGCAACAGCCAAGCAAAGGAAGGUCCCUUCAUCUCAGUUUUUUCGCAAGGUGUCAUUUGGUAGUUUGGCAGCAGGGUUGGUGGUUGGUACUGUGACCGAGAUGGCCAGAAGGUCUUUAGGACUGGCAAAUGAAGAGGAAAGUGCAGGAAGAGCACUUGAUAGUGUUUUCUUGUCUGAAGCAAAUGCUGAAAGGAUUGUCAACACUUUGUGCAAACUGAGAGGAUUGUGUUCUGAGUCUCAAGAUGUUUUCAUCGAAGUGCCAGCUCAGGAGUCACAGGGCUUCUACAAUGGUCACCAUGGUGAAAAUCGAGAUGACAUCGAAGCUGACAAGGGUGUCCUCAGGACCGACAUGGAGGGACUUGAUGGUGUUGAUGAAUUCCAUGGAGUUCUUCAUGUGAGCAUUUUAUUUACAGAUCACAAGCUCCCCCACGAUUUACCAACAGCUGGACAGUCUGACAUUGAUAAUUAUAAACUGCAUGCUGAUAUUCUACCUGAAGCCUCUGAAACCACAAAAUCUGAACAUAAUGAUAAGUAUGUACUUAAAGAAACAGAAUCUGCAAACAGCAAGAAUAAAGAUGUUUCUCGUGAUCUGUUUGCUGGGAGAAUACAAAAACAGCAAGAUCUAUUUAUGGAAAAGGCUUAUUCAAAUGUUGUAAGCGAGCAAGGCAUUGUCAGUCCACUGCAACCAAGUAUUAAAUUUGAGGCUACUCAUGUACCAGUUGCAGCAGUUUCAAAGCAAGAUAAUUUGGGAACUUCAGUUCUAUCUGUCAGAGAUUUAGAAUCAAAGACCAGAAUGAAGCAAGUGCUGAGUGCAACAGCCAAGCAAAGGAAGGUCCCUUCAUCUCAGUUUUUUCGCAAGGUGUCAUUUGGUAGUUUGGCAGCAGGGUUGGUGGUUGGUACUGUGACCGAGAUGGCCAGAAGGUCUUUAGGACUGGCAAAUGAAGAGGAAAGUGCAGGAAGAGCACUUGAUAGUGUUUUCUUGUCUGAAGCAAAUGCUGAAAGGAUUGUCAACACUUUGUGCAAACUGAGAGGUGCUGCAUUGAAACUCGGCCAGAUUUUGAGUAUGCAGGACAACACAGUUAUCAGCCCUACGUUGCAGAAGGCGUUUGAGCGUGUGAGACAGUCUGCAGAUUUUAUGCCUACAUGGCAAGUAGAGAAAGUAUUAGAAUCUGAACUUGGGGGAGACUGGCGUUCAAAAGUGACAACAUUUGAACCAAUGCCUUUUGCCGCUGCGUCGAUUGGCCAAGUACAUCUUGCGGUGCUUCCAAGUGGGACUGAAGUGGCAAUGAAGAUUCAGUACCCUGGAGUUGCAAAGGGCAUUGAAAGUGAUAUUGACAGUUUGGUUCAAAUCAUGGACAGAUGGAAUGUAUUUCCAAAAUCUUUCUUUAUUGAUAAUCUCGUUAAGGUUGCAAAGAGAGAACUUGCUUGGGAAGUAGACUAUAUUCGUGAAGCAGAAUGCACAAAAAAAUUUCAACAGUUAUUGGAGCCUUAUCCUGAAUAUUAUGUAGCUCAAGUUGUAGACAGCCUAAGCACAAAGCAAAUCUUCACAACUGAACUAAUGUCAGGGAUUCCAGUGGAUAAAUGUGUGGACCUGGAUCUGGAGACAAGGACGCAUAUCAGCAGACUCGUGAUAGAACUUUGGCUGAAGGAACUUUUUGAGUUCCGUUAUAUGCAGACUGACCCAAAUUGGUCUAACUUUUUUUACAGCCCAGAAACUAGGCAGUUGAUGUUGUUAGAUUUUGGUGCAUCGCGAUCUUACAGUAAGACUUUCGUUGACAUGUACAUCCAGCUUAUAAGAGGUGCGGCUGAUGGCGACCGAAACAAAGUUCUUCAGGUCUCUCGUGAUAUUGGGUUUCUAGCAGGAUAUGAGGCCAAGAUCAUGGAAGAUGCUCACGUGGAGGCAGUGAUGAUUCUGGGUGAAGUGUUCCAUAAAUCAUCUGAACCAUAUGAUUUUGGUUCCCACGACACGACGCGUCGUAUCCAGUCUCUGAUCCCCACCAUGCUGAAACAUCGCUUGUGCCCUCCUCCAGAAGAGGUCUAUUCUCUCCACCGGAAACUAUCUGGAAUUUUUAUGCUAGUAUCGAAAUUAGGCGUAAAGUUAGAAUGUAAAUCGAUGUUUGAGAAAGUUUAUGAAAUGUAUCGAAGCGGAUAAUAUUGCCAUUUUAUGCUUGUAAGAAAGAGAAACUUUGUAAAUUUAUCAUUGAUGUUCUGAUGUAUGAAAGAAAUUGUGAAACUUAUCCAAACCAAGAUUUUUUACGCAAUUUAGUA